ACACCUGGAGCUGCCAGCUUUCAGUUGGACCAAUGUGUGUGCGUGUGUGUGUGUGUUUAUGUUACAUGCUUGCUGUGCUCCAAAGUAAACACAAGUUAGCAGCGUGUGGCCUGAGUGAUUGAGUUAGUCGCUCUCACUCCAGUCUGCUGUGCUACAUGAACGGGCAGGCCUACGUAUGGGAAACGCUGAUUCUUCAUCUUUUGGCCAUCGGGUGUUUACUCCAGUGCAUAUUCAGGCAGACGUCUUGGCAGGAGCUAGAUGACCAAAUUACAUUUGUUUGUUGAAUCCAUGACUUGCAGGGUUGCAGUGUGGCUCGUGAGGAAUCUUUGAACCAUGACUACUUGUGAGACGCGCAGACGACCCCUCUGAAUGCGUCACCCGGUUGGUGGUACUUUGCUACGGCAACAGCACCAGGCCCUGGAUUGGAUUGUGGGCGGGGAGUGUGACCAAUAGGAACAGUGGAGAACAUGCAGGACUCUGCCUCCAACAGCAAGAUGGCCAAUCAGGACCAGAACUCCAAGCAUGUGGACAACCACAGAGAAACAGACGACAUGUCGGACCUCACCUCGCCAAGCCGGAACCCCAAAUCUCCAACAAAGGGCUCCAAGCGCCACAAGAUGUCUCCUUUCAAAGUGACCCUGCUGGACUCCUCGGUGUACGAAGGGGAGAUCGAGAAACACUCCAGAGCACAGGGCCUGAUGGACAUGGUGUGUGAACACCUUAACCUGCUGGAGAAGGAUUACUUUGGCCUCAGCUAUUUAGACGCGGACACACAGAAGAACUGGCUGGACCCCUCCAAAGAGAUCAAGAAGCAGAUGCGUAACACCCUGUGGCACUUCGCCUUUUCAGUCAAAUUCUACCCCCCAGAUCCCUCCCAGCUGACCGAGGACAUAACCAGGUACUACCUGUGUCUGCAGCUGAGGGACGACAUGCUGUCGGGCAGGCUGCCCUGCUCCUUCGUCACCCACGCCCUGCUGGGCUCGUACGCCGUGCAGGCCGAGCUGGGCGACUACGACCUCGACGAGCACGGCUCCGACUACGUCAGCGACUUCCACUUCGCGCCCAACCAAACCCGCGAGCUGGAGGAGCGGGUGAUGGAGCUCCACCGCAACUACAAGGGCAUGACUCCAGCGGAGGCUGAAAUCAACUUCCUGGAGAACGCUAAGAAGCUGUCCAUGUACGGGGUGGAUCUCCACCACGCCAAGGAUUCAGAAGGGAUUGACAUCAUGCUUGGUGUCUGUGCAAACGGGCUUCUGAUCUACCGAGAUAGGCUGAGGAUCAACCGCUUCGCCUGGCCCAAGAUCCUUAAAAUCUCCUAUAAAAGGAGCAACUUCUACAUCAAGAUCAGGCCGGGAGAGUAUGAACAGUUUGAAAGCACCAUUGGUUUUAAGCUCCCAAACCACAGAGCUGCUAAGAAGCUGUGGAAGGUCUGCAUUGAGCACCACACCUUCUUCAGGCUGGUGUCUCCAGAGCCCCCUCCCAAGGGCUUCCUGGUGAUGGGCUCCAAGUUCCGCUACAGUGGUCGGACCCAGGCACAGACCCGGCAGGCCAGUGCCCUCAUAGACCGCCCCGCCCCUCACUUCGAUCGCUCCACCAGCAAGCGGUACCUGCUGUCACGGAGCCUGGACGGAGAGUUCUCCCGGCCGGUGUCGUCCAUGUGUGAGAACCACGAGGGCCUGUCCCACCGCAGCGUCAGCGAGCACCGGCGCCUCCACAGCCCCUCGGUGGAGGAGCAGGAGACGGAGAUGGAGCCCAGUCUGGACCAGGACCAGGACGAGGAGGAGCAGGAGCCCGCCUCCCUGGAGCACGACCACGACACGGGCGGCGAGCACACGCCCAGCAGGAAGAGGGAGAUCAAGCUGUCUCAGUUGGACCAGGAGGUCACCCCAAGACACAAACAGGAGUUCCUGGACAAGUCGGAGGACGUGUUGCUGAAGCACCAGGCCAGCAUCAACGAGCUGAAGCGGGCCCUAAGAGAGCCAAACAGCAAGCUGAUGGCCCGGGAGAAGCGGCUCUCCGAGACCUCCUCGCACGGAGGCACGCCGGAGCGCAAGGCAGAACCUGUCUCCUCGCCUGGAAUUUACGAUCAGCCUUUUGCCGACAUUAAGAGGGAGCUGGGGGAUAAGAGUGCUGCCCUGACCCACGAUGAAGACCUGGAGCGGGACACACUGGCCUCGAUGCGGGAGUCCCAGCUCAGCAUCGAGCGCAAGUGCUCCAGCAUGACGGUCAGCUCCACCUCCAGCCUGGAGGCCGAGGUGGACUUCACCGUGCUCACGGACCUCCACUCGGGCGCGGAGGACAUUGCCCGGGGCAUGUCUCACGGGCUGGGGCCCGAGCACCAGCAGCUGCCCGAGGUGGGGCGGCCGGACUUUGAGGAGAACUCCCGCUUCUACUCGGCACGGCUCAUGGGCUCCCACGACCGGUCCCCCGUGGAGGAGAAACCCCAGGAGGGGCGCUCACACCACCAUGAGCCCCCUGUGGCUAGGAAAGACGCCAGCGCCAUCAACAUGGCCCACAUGUUGAGACAGGCCGACUCCAAGACGGACCCCCACACCAAUGGCUCGGAGACCCCCUCCCACGCAACACACGUCUCGCCUCAGCAAACAGAGGAUGACGUCAACUGUAUGGAGACAAUGGUCUCCUGCACUGACGCAGCAUCACCACCAGAGGGAGACAUGAAGUCCAGAACUGCCAGCCGCAAGGAGGCCCCUGUAAUCUUAAAACAAAAUGGCUCCCCGGUAAAAGAAGGACCGCUGGGCAGAGAGGCCAUCGUUUCUCCUCUGACCGUCACCGCCGACAACGUGACCUCGGCGACCACCACUCAAGUUACCAAGACUGUGAAAGGAGGCUACUCUGAGACCAGAAUCGAGAAGAGGAUCAUUAUAACCGGAGACGAUGAUGUAGACCAACAUCAGGCUCUGGCCAUGGCCAUUCAGGAGGCUAAGCAGCAGCAUCCAGACAUGUUGGUAACCAAGGCGGUGGUGAUCAGGGAAACUGAGUCCCCCACCGAGGACAUCAAGAGGAGCGCAGAGUCCUGAUCCCUUGCGGGCGGUGCCCGGACGCCUGUCCCAGGGGCCGUAAAUGGACCCCUGGAACUGGACCCCAGCAGACGGUCCUACUCCGUCCCCACCUCCUCCAUAGCAGUCGUCCUCCGUCCUUUGGCCACAUUAACUCUGAAAUGGA